GGUGCACCACCGGGAAUGAUGCCACGAGGCCCACCAGGAAUGCCACCGGGCAUGAUGCCACGCGGUCCACCAGGAGGGCCACCAGGCAUGCCAGGUCGUGGUCCGCCUCGCGGUCCACCAGGUCCUCCCGGCAUGCGACCCCCAGGCAUGCCAGGAAUGCCGCCGGGACCCGGCGGUCCACCUGGUGCCGUGCCUCGCUUCGGGAAGCUCUCGGUGAAGCUGCUAAAGGGCCUCGAGCUCAUGAGUCUUGGGGCGCUUCAGACGGCCGACCCGUACGCCAAGCUCACGAUCGGAACCCAGAGCUUCCAGACCAAGGCACUUCAAGUCCACGAAAAAGGGGGAAAGAACCCGACGUGGAACGAGUCGUUCGAGUUUAGCAUCUCAACCGAGAAGGAGCUCAUCAUCGAGCUGUUCGAUAAGGAGCAGAACGGCAGCGACCGCGCCAUGGGCAAAACAACAGUCGACUUGAUUCCAUGGAUCGCCAAAGGCAGCUUCGAAGGCGAUAUUGACGUCAAGGACAACGACCAAGACGCGGGCAAGGUGUCUCUUGUCGUACAAUUCACAAAGCCGGUGGUCGGUCCACCAGGAGCGAUGCGCACACCGCCGCAGAUGGGCGCGAUGACGCCGCCCGUAGCUGGCGCGCCGCCAGCCGCCCCCACAGAGCCUCCGCGUGACCCGAACGGCAAGUUUAGUGACAGCGAAAUCCUCGAGGCGUUUCGCGCCUUUGACUUGGACCACAACAACUAUGUGGGCGCGGCCGAGAUUCGGCACGUGCUCAUCAACAUUGGCGAGUCGCCCACGGACGAGGAGGUCGAUGAGAUGAUUCGCAUGGUCGACCUCGACGGCGAUGGCCAAGUGUCGUUUGACGAAUUCUACAAGAUGGUCACGGGCGGGAAGGAGCCGCCGUCCGGUCUCUUUGUGGCGGCCGGCGACGGCGAAGUCGCUGCAAUUGCAACGGGUGCGGGCGCUGCGUCGUCGAUCCAGCUACGCAAUGAGCGCAAGAACAUUCUCGAGGAGUUUGCGCAAGACAACAACAUCAAGCCCGAGUCGGUCAAGAAGGCGUACAAGCGCUUCCAAGCCACCGAUAAGGACGGGUCCGGGCAGAUCGACUACACGGAAUUCUGCGAAAUCAUGCUCGUGGACCCGUCGCCGCAGUGUGAAAAGCUCUUCCAGCUCUUUGACAACGACAAGGUUGGGCGCAUCGACGUGCGCGAGUUUAUGAUCAGUCUCUCCAACUUUACGGGCGCUGAGAAGGAAGAGAAACUCAAGUUUGCCUUUAUGAUCUUUGAUGAAGAUGGCAACGGCGUCUUGACCAAGCAAGAGCUCAUGCGCAUCUUGAAGGCGAAUCACAUGGCCUCCAACGAGUCCGAGGUCGCACGAAAAGCAGACACAAUCAUGUCCCAAGGCGACAAGGACGGCGACGGCGUCAUUUCGUUUGACGAAUUUGCUCUCGUGAGCAAGAAGUUUCCCAACAUUCUCUUUCCCGCUUACACUCUCACGCAACAAGCUGUAUAAAGCUCUCACAGCAACACAACAACAUCUAUCUAGCCACGUCCUCGUAAACAGCAAUAUGAACAAUAACGUCA